AUGAAGUUGUCUGCUAUCCUGGCCACCCUAGUAUUCCUUGCCGCAGUCUUCCUGUUGGUCGGUGGAAUCUAUCGAAGCCAUCACAAGUUCUUGGGCCAAACCCUGCACGGCUGCACCAACUAUGGAAGUCGGGAUGUUCCAAGAGGUCCGCCCUCACAGUCAGAUAUCGGCUUCAGCAAGCAGCUUCCGGCCCACUGGUUACGGACCAUCGUGAUUCCAGACGCCAAGCUGAUCUUUUGUCCUCAGUACAAAGUGGGCACCAGAGAGUACUUGCGGCUUCUGCAAUGGCUGGAUGGUCAGGACUAUAAUCGUCGUCCGCAGGAGCAGACCCAUAGUGUUAGGAGAAACAGCUUCAAUCUGACAGAGUUGGAAGAGUUUGGAAACGAAGCUGCUUUGCGCAUGAUGUUCGACUCAGACUGGGCUAAGUUGGUCGUUGUCCGUGAUCCGCUGGAUCGCUUGCGCUCAGCAUAUUUCGAUAAGAUACGCCGCGAAAAAGCGCCCACAAAAUUUGCGAAGGCACUGAAUGUACCAGUUCAGGCUCUGAAGAACUUAAGCUUUGCUGCUUUUGUGAGAAGAGUCGGUGCUCAAAUGAAGCGCAAGGUGGCGAAUAUCCACUGGGGGAUGCAGGCGCAAGCAUGCGGCUUGAGGCGUUUCAAGAAGUGCUACCAAUAUGUGCUGCACAUGGGCCUCGACAAGGGCACCCAUCCGAUGUUGCGUGAUUGUGUACUUCGGAUCAUGGUGAGCAGACGGAGCGACUCAAAGCUCCCCACGCCGCAAGACAUUGUUGCCUCUGACACAACCAAAGGCAUACUGCAAAGGCACCAGACUGACUCAAGCCUCGACAUCUUCGACAAGAUCUAUGAUAAGGCAGGAUGGGCUAUUCGGCCUUAUAAUCCUCACAAGCAGCCCUAUAAAUGGCCUGUUUAA